GAAGAAGAAAAAUAAUCAUUUUAGAUCAACAAGAACUCUGUACUGAAUAUGGGGUCAUACAGACGAAUAGAUUGUAUAUUUUUUAGUGAGUUUCAUCCAACUUUAGGACCAAAGAUCACAUAUCAGGUUCCUGAAGAAUAUAUUUCGAGGGAACUUUUUGAUACUGUGCAGGUGUACAUCAUCACCAAACCUGAACUGCAGAACAAGCUCAUAACGGUGACUGCCAUGGAGAAGAAACUAAUAGGUUGUCCAGUGUGCAUUGAGCAUAAGAAGUACAGCCGGAAUGCCUUGCUCUUCAAUUUGGGUUUAGUAUGUGAUGCCAGAACAAAAACAUGUGCUUUAGAACCUAUUGUCAAAAAACUGUCUGGCUACCUCACGACUCUAGAGCUUGAGAGUGGAUUCAUUUCAAAUGAGGAGAGUAAACAGAAGCUCUUGCCUAUCCUGUCCACACUUCUGGAGGAACUUAAUGUCACGGGAGCCUGCACCCUGCCUAUUGAUGAAUCUAAUACCAUCCACUUGAAGCUAAUUGAACAAAGGAAGGAUCCUUUGGUGGUUCAGGAGUAUGAUGUACCUGUAUUUACCAAGAAUAAAGACCACUUUACAAAAUCCCAAUGGGAUCUCACCACACAGCAGAUCUUACCCUUUGUAGAUGGGUAUCGACACAUUCAGAAAAUCUCAGCAGAGGCCGAUGUUGAGCUCAAUUUGGUGCGGAUUGCUGUUCAGAAUUUAUUGUAUUAUGAAGUGGUAACUCUGGUAUCCAUAUUCCAGUACUCAAAUGUUUACUGCACAACACCUAAAGUACAAAACUUGAUAGAUAAGAAGUGCCUUCAGGAAGAGUGUAUACAUUAUGUCAGUAAGCUAGGCCAAAGGACAAAUCUCCGGGACGUAUUCCAGUUGUAUUGUGGUCUGACCCCAGGUACGACUGUACGAGACCUCUGUUCCCGCUAUUCUCAUCAGCUACAGAGGGUGGAUGAAAGGAAAUUGAUUCAGUUUGGCUUGAUGAAAGGUCUGAUUCGGCGCCUGCAGAAGUAUCCAGUUAAGGUUGUCAGAGAUGAGAGAAGUCGUCCACCUAGACUCUAUACUGGCUGCCAUAGUUAUGAUGAAAUCUGUUGCAAAACUGGAAUGAGUUACAAGGAGUUGGAUGAGCGUUUGGAGAAUGACCCUAACAUUGUUGUUUGCUGGAAAUAAUGUUGCUGUGACAGAAUUAUAACUACAGACUAUUUCAGUGAAAGAACUCAUCUCUGGCCUUUUCUCCAGUACCUUUAUUUAUUGUAAAUUAAUUGCCUUUGUGUAUAUUUGAAACCAUUAUAGGUCAU